AAUUGGCCCUCUCUCUAAUAACAUCUGUGUCUUCUACCUCUGCAUCUCUCUCUCUCUCGUUUCUAUCUCUCUCUGUAUCACAUCACCGACGAUUACUCUCACCGAAUUCCGGUUAAACUCUCGCCGUCGAUACAUAUCCGACUAUCCGCGGCGCUUCCUACGGUCAAUUGAUCUGUUUGAUCAUGAAUCCAGAAUAUGACUACCUGUUUAAGCUUUUGCUAAUUGGAGAUUCAGGUGUGGGAAAGUCAUGUCUCCUCUUGAGGUUUGCUGAUGACUCAUAUCUGGAUAGUUACAUUAGCACCAUCGGCGUAGACUUUAAAAUUCGAACAGUGGAGCAGGAUAGCAAAACUAUCAAGCUUCAGAUUUGGGAUACUGCUGGACAAGAACGUUUUAGGACAAUUACUAGCAGCUACUAUCGUGGAGCACAUGGAAUCAUUGUAGUGUAUGAUGUGACAGAUCAAGAAAGCUUUAACAAUGUCAAGCAAUGGUUGAAUGAAAUUGAUCGUUAUGCCAGUGAGAGUGUAAACAAGCUUUUAGUGGGAAAUAAGUGCGAUCUUACAUCACAGAAGGUUGUCUCCACUGAAACAGCUCAGGCAUUUGCAGAUGAAAUUGGGAUUCCUUUCAUGGAAACUAGUGCCAAAAGUGCUACCAACGUUGAACAGGCUUUCAUGGCCAUGACUGCUGAUAUUAAAAGCAGGAUGGCUAGUCAACCAGCAAGCAGUGCUAAGCCUCCUACUGUACAGAUACGAGGACAACCUGUCAACCAAAAGGCCGGAUGUUGUUCAUCUUGAAUGAGAAAAUGGGCUGAGCCUAACUACCCCUCGUGUGGUUCUACUGGAUGUAAAAUUGGAUAUUGAAUCUUCAACUCCAAGAAGACUGGACAGCACCAUUUGCUUUCUUUAUAUAUUGCUUCACCUCUUUAUUUAGAACCUCAAUUCUUUAUAUGCACAUCUCAUCCUGCAAAGAUAAGUAGAACAAAUUAGAAUACUGUUUUUAUUGUGAUCCCUAUAUUUCCAUAUACCAGUUUCCAUUUCCAUUUA